AUGUCCACCACACUCAACGAAGACAAUACCCCCGACCUCGCGGUUGACGACAAGCCGAUUUCUCCGGUUGAGCGCCGCAACUCACUCGAGAAACAUUUACAACACCGCCCCGAUGUGCAGGACUUGAAGAAUCGCCAUAUUCUGCUGGAUACAAAUGCCGCUCCAGCCCUCCAGGCCAAACAGCAUGAACUCGAACGUCAGCAACACUCUGACAAUCUUAGGAAGCAACUCGAGAAACGGCCGGAUCGGGAGGAGUUGAUUGAGCGAAACAUUCUCCCAGACUCCAACGCCGCACCCGCACUACAGGCGACCCAACGCAGCCUUGACAAGCAUAUGAGAGCGGAUAGCCUGGAACAGAAGAUCCAACAGAGACCCAAGCCGGAGCAGUUGGUCAAGGAAGGGAUCUUGGAGCCCGACGCGAAUCCGCUUAAGGACCAAGAAUAG